AUGUCGAAAAGACCAGAACAUCAAGCUCCACCAGAACUUUUUUAUAAUGAAGAUGAAGCCAGAAAAUAUACGCAAAACUCUCGUAUUAUUGAUAUUCAAGCACAAAUGACAGAACGAUGUAUCGAAUUAUUAGUUUUGCCCGAGGAUACACCAUGCCUGCUUUUAGAUAUAGGUUGUGGUUCAGGAUUAUCUGGAGCGGUACUUGAAGAAAAUGGCCACUUAUGGAUUGGUCUAGAUAUAUCUCCUGCAAUGCUGGAUGUCGCCCUGGAACGUGAAACUGAAGGUGAUUUGGUGCUAGCUGAUAUGGGUGAUGGUCUCCCAUUCAAACCUGGAAGUUUUGACGGUGCUGUGUCUGUAUCUGCUUUACAGUGGCUUUUUAAUGCUGACAAAAAGUCACAUCAACCAGUUAAAAGACUUUAUAAAUUCUUUAGCUCUUUAUAUGCUUCUUUGUCUAGAACAGCACGAGCAGUUUUUCAAUUUUAUCCCGAGAAUGAAAACCAACUAGAACUACUUACAUCACAGGCAAUGAAGGCUGGUUUUUAUGGAGGGGUUGUCAUUGAUUAUCCUAAUUCUGCUAAAGCAAAGAAAUUCUUUUUGGUGCUUAUGACAGGGGGCUCUGCACCUUUACCAAAAGCUUUAGGUGUGGAUGAGGAGGACAGCAGCCUCCAAGUUAAAUAUGCAAAACGUGAAGCUUCAAAAGGGGCCAGAGGAAAACCUCUCAAAAAUACAAGAGCCUGGCUCUUAGAGAAAAAAGAAAGAAGACGGAAACAAGGCAAAGAAACCAAACCUGAUACAAAAUAUACUGGAAGAAAAAGAAGUGGAAGGUUU